CUCUAGGGGUCCCUGUAGCAAAUCAGAGCGGCUCCUUCGUCCUGCUUGGCGUCUCUCUCUGUCUGCUCUUCGCGCGCUCGUUGACUCUCUUAAACACCACAUGAGGAAGUUGCUUCGUUCUUUUGACCUCGCCUUUUGACCAGUCAGAUCAUGGAUGAAGAGUGGACACCUUUGGACUGUCUACUGCCGUCAGGCAAACAGAGGAUUUGUCUGAUCAUUCUGAACCAGCCCAUUGAUAAGGAGCACCUACACACCCUCUGGGGUAAAGCUCUCUUGAGGGCAUGUGCUGAUGGAGGUGCCAAUCAACUUUACAACAUCACCGCUGGAGAUCGUGACAACUUUCUUCCUGACUACAUCAGUGGGGAUUUUGAUUCCAUUACACCAGAGGUUAAAGCUUUCUAUGCAGACAAGGGGUGUGAGCUCAUAGAAACAGCUGACCAAGAUCUAACCGACUACACCAAAUGUCUUGCAAAAAUGCUGGAAGAGAUACAGAGACGAAAGCUGCAGGUGGACACCAUAGUGACGCUGGGUGGGCUAGCAGGGAGAUUUGACCAAACCAUGGCAUCGGUUGAGACGCUUUUUCAUGCUCAGUCCAUGACACAGUUGCCUGUUUUGAUCAUACAGGAAACGAGCUUGGCAUACUUACUCAGACCCGGCGACCACAGACUGGGGGUAAACACCAGCCUGGAGGGAGAUUGGUGCAGCCUCAUUCCUGUAGGUGGACCCUGCCAGACAGUCACCACAGGACUCAAAUGGAACCUGGAUAACCAGGUUCUGAAGUUCGGGACGCUUGUGAGCACCUCCAACACCUAUGAACCCACAGCACCAGGGAGCCCCAGGAAGCCUGUGACUGUGACCACAGACCAGCCUCUGCUGUGGAGCAUGGGCAUCCACAUUCAUGAGAAAUAACAAGCCGUUCGGUCAGAAGUAACUUCCUUUGGUUUUGUUUUUAAAACAAGGUAGAACAAAAGCCAGACUCAGUAUUUGGAUCAAAAACCACUACAGUGGAGUGGAUUUAGUCACACUUUGAAAGAUCAGAAAUGAUUUCAAGCCAUUUGAUUAUUUUGACUGUAGAUCAUGUCCAUAAGAUCACAUUGAACUGUAUCCCACACCAUGUGCCUUCAACUUUUUUUUUUUUUCACCCAAGAAAUGUGAAGUGUCUUAUGUCAUGUUUUGGACUUGGGCUUGUCAUAACUGUAUUAUUGCACUCAAUUCCAAAAUUAAAAACCAUUUUCACAACAAAGUGACAAAUUUCCCAAUUUAUUAAAAAGUAAUCAGCA